ACCUGUAAAGAUGCGAUCUGUGUCAAAGCAGAAGCAGUUACUUUCAAUCUACGCGUGAUUUGGAAAACCAGUGGUGCAGAACUCAUUCUUUCAUUGCCAAGUUUCAGGAAGGCAAUGUGGUCUGUGAGGAUCUUGGUGAUUGCACACGUGAUUAUCACCUCAACAUGUGCUAAAUGUCCCGACACCCAGCAUUGUACUGAGUGUGAUGAACAGACAGGUCGAUGCAGUACCAAGUGCCACAGAGGAUAUUUCGGCCCCAACUGCCAGGAUGAUUGCAGCAGCAGGUGCAGGUACCACACGUGUGAACUGCACCAUGACAAAGGUAUUGGGAGAUGUACUGAUGGUUGUGUACCUGGAUUCCAGGGUCUCACCUGUCAGAGGCCAUGUGACACUCUCCAGGUAGGCUGUACCAGGUGCCCAGGUGGAUGUGAUGGGGAGUAUUGUCAGGUGGCUGGAGCCUGUUUCUCUGGUUGCAGCCACUCCUACUACGGAGCAGGAUGUAAGACAUGUUCCAGCAGAUGUAAGUCCUGCAACAAGAUCACAGGCACCUGUGAGGAGUGUCACCCUCCUUAUUCUGGAGUAGAGUGUAGACACUCAUGUGAGAACUGUGUCGGAGGAUGUGAGAGUGGCUGUAUACAUGGAUGCAGACACGGUUUCUAUGGAGACGACUGUACUGAAGCAUGCAGUGACACCUGUCGACCUAAUCCCUCCCUGACCACGGGUGGACAAUGUCCAGAUGGAGAUUCGUGUCCACCUGAGUGUCACAGCCAGACUGGUGAGUGUGUCUACGGUUGUGUUGAUGGCUGGUAUGGCCCCAAGUGUUCACGGCGAUGCAACUCUAACUGCCAGCACCGGAGAUGUAACCAGGCAGGUGCGUGUGUUGUAGGAUGUGGGAAAUGCCUCAAGGAAGCAUGUAACACAUCCUGUAUCACUGGGUGUGACGGGUGUGCUGGUGGUGUUUGUGAUAUGACAUCCGGGGCCUGUGUACAGGGAUGCAACUCGACUGGAUCCAUGUGCGGCGACAACUGUACAGACAACUGCCGGACAUCUGAUUGUCCGUCUGGAUCGUGUGAACAAGGGGAACCAGUGUCUGAUGCCUCCAACGCCGUCACGGUGACAUCGGUUGUGCUUGUCGUCUUCAUCAUCCUGGCUGCAUGUACCGCUGGCUACAUCUGCUAUCGUAAAGGAAUGUGUCACACACGGAAUAAAGUUGAUGAUCAGAAACUGGAAGCUAAGCUGGAGCAGGCUGACAUCGCCAUCCACGACUACCUGGAGCUACAUCACUACGAGGACAUCAGAGAGGAGGAUAUUGAGGAACCAGACCAGAACCAAGGCACCGGUAGGGAGGAGGCUCCAGGCAUUCCUGUUGUAGCAGACUACUUCCCUGGAGAACUGAUGACUGGUGUCAAGGAUAAGUCAGGAAGAGGCUCGUACACUGAACUUAGGAAGGGCGGCCAUGUCUCUCGUCCUAGAUCGUCUGUCGGGUACAUAUCGCCACUUGAAUAGGAGAACCAGUUGUGUCUAUCAACCCUUGACACGAAGAAUAGUUAGUAUCUAUCAACCUUUUACAAGGACAUUAGUUGUGUCUAUCAACCCUUGACACGAAGAAUAGUUAGUGUCUAUCAACCCUUGAGAAGGACAUCAGUUGUGUCUAUCUACCCUUGUCAAGGACAUCAGUUGUGUCUUAUGAACCCUUGCCACUGACUUCAGUGUGAUGUUGUGAUCUCUGUUUGAAAGUAACAUAGGAAAUAUAAUAUACAUAUUGUUUAUUCAUAAGGAAAUCGGUAAAUUACAAGAUUGUUUUCUUCCUGUGUGCGCUAACUCUCAUGUGAAACCAGUCUAUCUCAAGCAAAGAAACUGUCUGCCUGUAUUUUAUCUGGUUUUUGCUCCUCAACAUCCAAGUGACAUAGUUCACUCAAAGAUCCACACUGUAAGACUACAAAAAUGCGCGCGUGUGCGUACGUGCGUGCGUGCGUGCGUGUGUGUGUGUGUGUGUGUGUGUGUGUGUGUGUGUCCUACAGCCCUGAGUUUUUUAAGUUGUAAUAUUUUACACUAUACAGACCCCAACUCUCUUUCCUGUCUUCCACAGUGAGGGAUGAAAUGAUUACUGGACGUGUGUGGCUUCCUAUCAGACAGACAAAGUUGUACUGUGGCAAACAUCGUGUAUAUGUGCUAAUGACCGUUUUAAACGUAAUUUCAUUCCAUGAACAUUUGUAUGAACACUGUGUCUGUACAAACUGUCCCUGUGUCACAUAAUGUAUCACUAAGAGCAGCCACAUUCGCUUGCAUCAUCACCCAUCCAUCGGGAGACCCGUUUUAAACGUAAUCGGACGUGAGGCAAUAGAUUUCUGAACAAGCUGAACUAUGUAUCGACUUCCUCAUAUGUAAAUGUAUCGGGUCGAGACACAAAGGUUAAGGGAUUGUCUAGUGCUAUCACAACACAAUCCAUCAAAUCAUACAGAUAUUUAAUUCCUGGAACAUACGUUUGUAAAUAAAUAUUCUGAUUUGAAAACCUUAAAGAUCAAAUAUUACACAUUUGUUUAUCAGCUCUCAUUGUGUAUUUAAUUUAUAGCUAAUUUCUUCUUGAAUAGUGGUGGUACGGCACAUGCGUGUUAGUACGGUCUACAAUUCAGUGGAUUUAGUUGUGUUAGGGUUGUUAUUAAUGUUGCUGCGAACACAUCUUGGGUGAGUUGUGUUCUACAUGGCCUGGCAAAGCUCCGAGUGAUGCGGGUACAGGAAACCAGCAACCACGGAUAUGACAGACCAUGAGUGGCAGGCAGGUCGGAUUCGAACACAAUCACUUUCUGUCUGGCACUCUGGAUGUAACUUCUGUCAAAUGUGUCAAAUGUGUCACCCUAACUAAUUGUGUUUAUACUGAACGGUUCACGGUUUAUGUGACUUACACAUGUGUACAUAUUGUCAUUAUCAACGUGUCUCCAUUAAAUUUAGCAAGUAAAUAUCAGAUUCUGUAGUGUAAACAAUUUCUGUAGUAACUUAAUAACAUUCCCCGUGUAAAUAUUGUAAGGCAGUAGCUGUCCUUUACAGUAAAAUCUUUGUAGCCAGUGUUCUGUAUGUUUUGUUUACCAUAUCAUCAUGCUGUGAUUAUACGUUUGUCUUCUCACUUGAAGUACUUUACUCUGAAUAAACCCUAAACAGUGAAGCUGUAUGGUGUGUGUGACUUCAGGAGGUUCCAGUAUGAUAUGAGUAUAUUUUGUGGGGAGUGGCCACACCUCGCCAAUGUCGGAGCUUGCACCUCCUACCAUGUUUCA